AUGUCAUCCCCACCAGACCCCCGGGCGGGCCACCACGAGAUCGAGGUGGACACCGAUGUCAGCUCAUCAAGCGACUACGACAGCGAAGGUGGUGAUCUGCAGUCCUUAACUUCUUCCAUCUAUAAUUACAUCUACGAGAAUGGGCGCACAUACCACUCUUAUAGAUCCGGAACUUAUGUCCUCCCCAAUGAUGAGCGCGAGCAAGACCGACUGGAUAUGCUCCAUCACGUUUUCCGACUCGCGCUCCAUGGAAACCUGUGCCACACGCAGCUCGCGAAACCCCAGAAGAUCCUUGAUGUCGGAACUGGCACCGGGAUAUGGGCGAUUGACAUGGCGGAUGAAUUCCCUGCAGCGGAGGUGAUCGGCGUAGAUCUCUCGCCGAUCCAACCAAGCUGGGUUCCCCCGAAUGUCAAGUUCAUGAUUGACGACUCGAACUCGGAAUGGGAUUUCCCUCCUGGGUCGUUCGAUUUUAUCCACGUCAGAGGGCUUUCGGGAUGCAUUGAUCACUGGCCGGCUUUUCUUCGGCAGUGUUAUAGGCAUCUCAAGCCCGGUGGAAGAAUCGAAAUUUCCGACUUCAUCUCCCGAUUCCACUGUGACGAUGACUCAUUUCCAAAAGACUGCUUCUUACGUCAAUGGGAGGCUGAGUUCUUCCGGCUGGCUGAUGUGCAAGGCCGGUUAUGGGACACCGUUCCUCGGAUGCGCGGCUUCUUGGAAAGUGCCGAAUUCAAAAACGUCGAGUACGCCUCUCCAAUAAUCCCCAUCGGCACUUGGCCGAGGGACCCUAGGCUGAAAGAAAUGGGACGAUACAUUCGGUACCAAUUAGUCGACACUGCCGCGGAGAGCUACACCAUGGCCUUGUUUACCCGCUUCGGAAACUGGUCUUCCGAGGAAGUCCAGGUCCUGUUGGCGCAUCUCCGACGAGAGUUGCUCUCGAACGCGAUGCAUGUGUACACCUACUUUUCCAUAUUUACCGCGCAAAAGCCACAACGGCCGACAAUUGAGAGCUCCUAG